AUGCCGGUAUGUUUCGAGAAGUUUUCUCACGUCCGCAUUGUGCUGGACUGUACCGAAAUUCCUGUCGGCAGACCAAAGUGCCUGAAAUGUCGGAUAAGCAUGUACUCUCACUACAAAAAGGGACACACCGUAAAGUUCAUGAUAGGUGUUUCACCCGGUGGCUUGAUUACUUACCUAAGUAGUGGUUACGGAGGGCGAGCCUCAGACAAGGCCAUCUUCGACCAGAGUGGUUUAGUUGAUAAGUUGUUGCCUGGCAUCGACCACAUCAUGGUUGACAAAGGUUUUCUUAUAGACGCCACAUGCGAAUCGAGGCUCAUAGCUGUAGUGAGGCUCCCCUUCCUGCACGCCAAAAAGCAGCUGACCAAGGCUGAAGCUCUUGCCACUAAGCAUAUAGCUGCGGCAAGUGUUCACGUGGAAAGGGUCAUUCAAAGAAUUAAGCUAUUGAAGAUAGUGUUCCAGAAGAUGCCCUGGAACAUGGUGCCACUAGCCGAUGACAUGCUGAGUAUUGCAUGUGGCUUAGCCAAUUUAUCCCCUCCUGUUCUGGCGGAUAACAAGUUCACAUAG